AUGAGCACCAACAAGGUGCAGAAGCAGGACGUGCUGCAGGCCGUGGUGGUGGCCAGCUUCUUCCACAAGAACUUCUGGCCGGCCGCCGAUGGGGACAGCGCGUGCCUGAUGCCUCUCGUCAACCGGCCGCUGCUCCACUACACCCUCGACAUGCUCGAGUCUUCGGGUAUCGUGGACGUGGUCGUGUUCUGCUCCAGUGGAAGCGCAGACCGCAUCAAAGAUUCCGUACAGCUCGCGUCCGGCGCCCGUCGGCUGAACGUCGUCUACACCACUUCGGACACCUGCCGAUCAUUUGGGGACGUGCUCCGGCACUUGGACUCGUGUGCGCUCAUACGAAACGACUUUGUGCUGCUGUGGGGCAACGUCGUGGGCCAGCUUCCGCUUUUGCCGCUCGUCAAGCGUUUCAAGACCCUGCGGCAAAGUGGCGACAGGGGCGCCGUCAUGACCAUUAUCUACCAACGGUCCGGUGACCCAAACGCCGCCUCGGUCGCGGACCAAACGAUCGUGUUGGCCGCCGACACGGGCAGGGUGCUGUUCCACAACAGGGCCCGAGGUAAGAUCAGUCUGCCACUGGAGCUGGUGCUCGACAGCACGGUGGACAUCAGACGUGACCUGGUCGACACGAACGUUGUCAUCUGUUCGACGGCUGUGCCGCCGCUGUUCGCCGACAACUUUGACUUCCAGACCAAGGACGACUUCGUCAAGGGGUUGCUCAUCAAUGAAGAGAUAUUGAACAGCACGCUCUACGCCCAUGUGGUGGACGGCGACGGGUACGCUGGCGAAGUGUUCGACUGGCCGUCAUAUCAGCGGGUCACCCGGGACGUGUUGCACCGAUGGACAUACCCUCAGGUUCCGGAAGUGGUUGACAAAUACAGCCUCAGGUACGGAAACGUCUACAUCGGCGAGAACUUGAAGCUGGCCCUGACGUGUUAUUUGGGUAAUGACACGGUCGUGGGAUCCGACUCGAAAUUCGGUAGCAGCACGCGCAUAUCCAACACUGUCAUUGGCAAAAAUUGUACGAUCGGCAAUAAUGUCACAAUAGAAAACUCUUAUAUUUUCAAUGGCGUCACCGUCAAGGACAGAUCAGUCAUAAAGUUUUCGGUCGUUGGAGAUAACAGUAUGAUCAAAGAGAACAGCCACAUCACGGACAGCUGUAUUCUUGGUGGUGGAGUCGUGAUCGAACCAAACACAGAUUUGAAACAGUUACGAAUACUCAGUUCCGACUCGACUAACAAGUCAAAAAAGUUAAGUGCUAAAGCUUAUGCGUACAACGCUGAAGAUGAUUCUGAUUCGGAAGAUGAUGAAGAUGUGAGAGGCCUGACGUUUCGCAAGAGGACUUGGUCAGUCAAUAGUUGCUCUUCGUCGGACGACGACACUGCAUCAGUGGCAGCGUCCAUACCCGAUGACACGUGCAUGUUCUACUCUGAAGUUGUGGAUUCGUUGAUCAGAGGUUUUGAAGACCACGUGCACUGCGAUAAUCUAAUAUUAGAAAUUAAUUCAUCGCGGUACGCCUACAAUAUCAAUUAUAGAGAAGCAAACUUUCAAGUGAUCCGAGCGAUGUUGACGCUGAACAGCAAAGCCGAGCUUGAGGCUCUGAACCAAGUACGAUAUUAUACACAACUGCAGUCUAAAUUAGACUACUUUCUGCCAGUACUGAGAAAUUACAUCAAAACUACGGAUUCGUGUGAAGACUGUCUGUCUGCAAUCGAAGACAUUGCCAAAGGCGAGGAGCUGCUCAACACAGUUAUAGUCAAGGUAAUACAUCAUUUAUAUAACAUGAACAUACUGAGCGAAGAGUCAAUUCUCAGGUGGCAUGAAAAGGAAGAGGACACUCAGUUUGCAAAAACUGUAAGAGAAAAAGCAAACAAACUAAUUGAAUGGUUAAAAGACGCAGAAGAAGAAACAGAUUCUGAUGAUGAUGAUGAUAGUUCGUAA